AUGGCCCCUCCCGCGCUCCUUUAUCACGUCCGGCUCGCAGAAGACGUUGCUGUGGAGGCCCUUGUCGAUGUGCGGGCACGCGCGGGGCAGCUGCUCGCACACCUGGCGUCAGAGUACGGGUUCGCGCCACCGGGCCCCGGGGCAGCUCUCUGGUUCAAGGGCCGCGUUCUCCGGGAUGAGACCGUGCUUUCAAGCAUCCCGGAAAAGUCUACACUGCUCUACAGUAUAUCCGGGGACACCUCUUCCCAGGAACAGACGGGGGUCCCGGAGCAGGUGUACCAGGACCUCAUUGAGAUCAACAAGUACUAUCCAGGACUCCUAGUCAACGCGGUUCCAUCUCUGUACAUCCGCGUCUCCAUCAAUGGGACUCCGGUCGUCUGCGUUAUCGACACGGGCGCAGAGUUCAACUCCAUGGGCCGCAAAACAGCGCGUGCGUGUGGGCUAGAGGGCCACAUAGAUACCCGUUAUGCGGGGCGCGCGAUUGGGGUGGGCUCGACUCGGAUGCUCGGAAGAAUCCACAUUUGCCUGAUGCAGUGUGGAGAUAUUUUCUUACCGAUGAACUUUGCAGUCCUGGACUCUGUCUGCGACACGCUUAUUGGGAUGAGCGCGCUCUCGAUGUACAGGGCGAUGAUUGACCUUUCGUCUUUUUCAAUGACCCUUGGAGGGGCGAGCAUUCCUUUACUGACGAACCAAGAGAUAGAGGAAUAUCACCAAGAGCACGGCACGUGA